GGCUUCAGUCACAUGAUGGAAACACAAGCGCCUCCUUGUUUGCUCCGACUCGGAGUUUUUUAAAAGCUACGUGUAUUGUUGACAAAUCGAAACGUCUGGACUUUUACUCCAGGGACAUGAUAGAAUUUCCUCUUUCACUAUGAUGUAGAUGUAAUUUAGCAUGACAAUGUCGAGCUGCAAGACUUCAGAGUUCACGUUCCAGUCGUCGGUGCACAGUACACAUGUGCUACGCUGUCUGGAUGAGCAGAGGCGGAAGGACCUCCUGUGUGAUAUGACGGUGAUGGUAGAGAACCGCGGUUUCAGGGCCCAUCGCUCGGUUCUUGCCUCCUGCAGUGAAUACUUCAGCACCCGCAUGAACAACCACACAGGCCCGGGACUCAUCAUCAGUUUGCCUGAUGAAUUAACGGCUGAAGGAUUUGAACCCUUGCUGCAGUUUGCAUACACCUCCAAACUGCUCUUCACCAAAGAGAAUGUGCUGGAGAUCCAUAACUGUGCCACCGUGCUGGGCUUCAAAAACUUGGACCAAGCCUGCUUUGACUUCAUCUUGCCCAAGUUCUUUGACAGUAGCAAAAGUUCUUCAAAGGUCCAGAGGUCUUGCUGCAAGACCAAAUGCUGGAGAGCCAAAGAUGAAUCAAGCUUUAAAAAUGAUGGUGCUAAUGAUACUGGUGAUGUAUCAUCAGCGGCUCAGCUUUCUAAGAAACAGGAGCAGAACGUCUCCUCAAACCUCAGUGAAACGGCAGUGAGAACCUGUAGCCCGUGUCCAGUAGAAACUGAAGCAGAUACAGAAACCGAGUCAGACUACUCCUCGCUUUGUCCAAAAUAUCGCAAGUUUCAGCUCGCUUGUGGGAAAGGCCAGUCUAACACAGACACGGAACCAGAGAACACUGAGAGUUCCUGCUCUCUAAAUUGCCUGCCAUGCUCCAGCUCUGAAAAAUGUGAGUCUGCAGAUACUCUGUCUAGCAAGACUUCAACAGGAAUCAUUGAAGAGGAUGCAGCGUCUUUCUUCUGCCCAUUAGCAAAGCAAUCACCAGUUGAAACACCUCUGAAUCUUUGCUCAGGCAAGUCAUCUCCACAGAUGUGUCCAGUGACACAAGGUUCCUUUCCUCCUCCUCAAUCUGCUGGGAAAGUGGCUGAAAGUUCUUCAGUGCGAGUCUCUGGUAAAGAAUGCAUAAUGUCAGAUUGUAGAACUGGAACUGUUUGUCCAAACCCAAGUACAGAGAAAAGGAGCAGUGUGGAGAUGGAGGUGGCCAACCAGCUCAGCGCCUGGCCUGACAUUUAUAGCUCCUGUGUCUCAGAGCCCGUGUCUUCUUCAUAUGGCCAAGGCAUGGCUGUGAAAAGCUCAGAGUUACAAUGGCUAAAACAACUAGAGUGUCCCUUUCUCAGAGAUUUGGGUGCAGUGGAUGCUCAGGUGCGAUGCAGUGAGGUGACAUCUCGCUCAGCAGAGUGUUCCUACAUUUCUUCCAUUAAUUCAGGAGAAGACUCUGAUAGCUUUGACACUGAAGGGGACAGUGAGUCCUGCACCAGUGAGCAAGCAAGUCUGCUUUUUGCACAGAUGCAGCUGCCAUUUUCCGUGGCGGGAAUUGUAUCACUGAGCCGCAACGACUUCCAGCAGAUGCUGAAGACACAACAGAUGACACGUGAACAGCUUGAUUUUGUGCAUGACGUUCGGCGCCGCAGCAAAAACCGCAUUGCUGCACGCCGCUGCCGCAAGAGGAAACUUGAUUGUAUCCACAACCUGGAGUGUGAAAUUGAAAGACUGCGGAGUGAGAAAGAAAAGUUGACUGCUGAGAAGAGGCAACUGGACCAACUAAGGCUAAAGACAAGGGAGAAUUACUCAGUUUUGUAUGACAGGCUGUGUGCUGAGGCCAAACUGCAGCCUGAGCAGCUACAGGUGUUUGCCAAGUAUACCUCUCUGGCAGAGUGCCCUUUCUCUACCCACCUGUCCACCAAAGCGCAGCUUUACCACCCCUCUGAGCCUGAGCUCCAGCCCAGGGCAUCGUGCCUUGGCACUGACACUGGCAUCUAUGAGCCUGGCACCUCCACCAGAUCUGUCAACACUCAGAAUCUCGCUGCUUCUGAUCUCCGAUCUACUGAACCUCCACAUACAGGGAACAACAAGACCAUGUCCAUCUCUACAGACCAAAUCAGUAAACCUGAAACAGAUCAAUCAUAAGGUGCUUCCUUUUCUACAAUUUGUAAUUCAGGAACUGUUCUUUUUUGUUUACUAAAUGAAGCAAACAGUUAUUCUUGACAAUCAGUGUGUUCGAUUGCUUCUCUGUAUUUUUUGUCUUUAUGGUUGUAUUCUUUCAUGUAUGUUUUCAUUUAAGGUCAGGUUUGUUUCUCAGUGUUGUUUGAACCAUUUGAUGAACCAAAUGAUAUUUUUUUAUACUUCUAAGGUAGGUUCCUCUUAAUUGUACUCCCAUGGACUUAUCGUCUUAUCAAUUCUUGACCAUCCUGAUCUUUUGAGUCCUGAACAGGUAAUCAAAGAUCUUGAAUUUUAUGCAUUAUAUUGCAUUAAUUAUGGCAGAGGAGCAAGGGGUACAGACGGCCCAGCUCCAUGUGAAUUUUAAGAUUGUUUUCUAGUGUACAGUAUUAUGCAUAAACAAAAAUUGGGCUACAUAUAUUGCUUGAACUAACUAAGCUAUUGGCACAAUUUUAUCUUAAACCAAACCUAAUGGAAAAAAUCCAACACAGGGUCAAACAUUUAUAAUCUUUUUUUGUUGUUUGUAAAAUUUUAAUAUACUUACUUAAAUACCUGCUAGUUUGAUUAUGCUGUUAGCUCUUUGCAGUUUUCUUCUUGCAAGGGACAAGAUUAUUUCAUUUGUCUUACAAGACAAAUCAAUAAAUCAUUUGAUCAUGCUAACUUCA